ACCAUAUUCUCCAAUCUGGGCGCGUUAAGCAUCACUGGUCCAUGCGCUGCCUUCAGUCUCCUCGCAGUCGAAGGGAGGAGAGCGAGACAAUACGCAGCACCUCCAUACACGUAGUGAUGCAACUGUUGUAUUACGGUUUCAUAUAUUGUAUAUUUCUAGAAUUCCUUCUUCUGAGAGGGAAGAGAACCCUUAGACACUCGGGACAGGUUCGGCGCUUCUACGGCAGCAAAGAAUUCACGAGCUGAAGACUGACUGUAGCAGAGUUGUAGGGCUACCGUAAAGCGAGCACUCGACGGUUUCAUUAGAUGCGUUUUCAGAAACGACGACAUUAUGUUUUGACCAUCGACACUUUGACCUGUGAGAGAGAGGAGAGUCCUAUAAUGGCCCAUAGGAUAAGCAGUAAAAAAACAACUGAGGAGCAUUUGUUUGUGGAUCCAGUCCAUGUCAACCUUCAGAGAAACCAGACAUCUUCCCACUAACACAUCUGACUUCUGCUGAAAGGCCGGUGUGGCUGGUCCGCUUCAAGAAGCUGAGGUGCGGGAGGUCCCUCCGCCCCCCCUGGACAUCGAGGGGGCGCCAGCGUAUGCAGUUCGGUCCAUACUGGACUCGAGGCGUCGGAUCCCAGUGAGUGGCUCCAUCAUGAGGCUGGUGUGGAAGUCCCUGGACAAGAUGAGGUGCUUCCGUAAACGCUCCACCAUUCCAUUCCUGGGGGUCCUGAUCACCUGUCUACUCUUCCUCAACCUGUACAUGGAGGAUGGAUACGUCCUGGAGGAGGAUAAAAGACCGCUGAGAGAGACAUCAAUUCAUCCUUCAAACUCUGAGAGAUAUGUUCACACCUUCAGAGACCUCACUAAUUUCUCUGGAACCAUAAACGUCACAUAUCGUUACCUCGCUGGGAACCCACUACCCCGAAAGAAAUAUCUAACCAUUGGAUUGUCGUCCGUGAAAAGAAAAAGAGGGAAUUACCUCAUGGAGACGAUCAAAUCUAUUUUUGACCAGUCCAGUUAUGAGGAGCUGAAAGAGAUUGUGGUGGUGGUCCACCUGGCAGACUUUGACCUGGCCUGGUGUGAAAACCUGGUGCAGGACAUCUCCAGGAAGUUUGCCCACCACAUCAUCGCUGGGCAUCUCCUGGUGAUCCAUGCCCCUGAGGAGUACUACCCAUCACUGGAUGGGCUGAAAAGGAACUACAAUGACCCAGAGGACAGGGUACGAUUCCGCUCCAAGCAGAACGUCGACUAUGCCUUUCUCCUCAACUUCUGCACCAACCUCUCUGAUUUCUACAUGAUGCUGGAAGAUGAUGUGCGCUGCUCACGGAACUUUCUGACAUCCCUGAAGAAGGUGGUCACCUCCAGGGAAGGCUCCUACUGGGUGAUGCUGGAGUUCUCCAAGCUUGGCUACAUAGGGAAGCUCUACCACUCAAGAGACCUGCCACGCCUGGCUCACUUCCUGCUCAUGUUCUACCAGGAGAUGCCCUGUGACUGGCUCCUCAUUCACUUCCGGGACCUGCUUGCCCAGAAAGACGUGAUCCGCUUCAAGCCCUCCUUGUUCCAGCACAUGGGCUACUAUUCCUCAUAUAAAGGGGCAGAGAACAAGUUGAAGGAUGAUGACUUUGAAGAAGACUCCAUUGACAUCCCUGACAACCCUCCUGCUAGCUUAUACACAAACAUUCAUGUAUUUGAAAACUAUGAUGCCACCAAGGCUUAUAGCAGUGUGGACGAAUACUUUUGGGGGAAACCCCCUUCUACCGGAGAUUUCUUUGUUAUAGUCUUUAACAAAUCAACUAAAAUAAGCAAAAUCAAAAUCGUGACAGGAACGGACGAUCGUCAGAACGAUAUCCUGCACCAUGGAGCUCUGGAAGUAGGAGAGAAGCUGGUGGGGACAAAGAGAGGAAGGCAGUGUUCUUCCUACAUCACGUUAGGGGACUUUAAAUAUGGCAACAUUGAGGUUCAAGACGUGGACCACAAGAUUGCUUUUGACAUUGAGUGUGUUCGUAUUGUGGUGACUGCCAGUCAGAAAGAAUGGCUGAUCAUUAGGAGUAUAAGCUUGUGGACUACACAACCUCCCAGUCAAUGAGGACAAUACAAAAACAGUUGGUUUAGACAACAGUUGGUUUAGUAAUUCAUUUGACAGUGUAUUUAUUUAUGUACUUAUUUAUAUAUUUAUUUAUACAUUUUUGCAUUAUUUUAUAAUUUAUUUUCACAUUUAUGUAUUUCAUUUUAUAGUAUACUGUAUGUAUUCAUUCAUAUUUUGAUGUAGAUUUUUUUUAUAUUUGAAGGUACCUUUAUCGAGUUAUACAGUUAUGGAAAUCAUCACAAUCCAUGUUUUUAAGGAUUGUCUGACUGACCUCUUUUAUGGGUGUGACCCGUUUUUAUGGGUGUGACCUCUUUUAUGGGUGUGACCCGUUUUUAUGGGUGUGAGUAUAUAGGAAUGGUCUGUUGGUUAUUUCACUCAUGAUGUUAUUUAUUUUUCUGUAUAUUUUUCUCAGUUUCUUUCCACAUCGAAAGCAGCCUCUAGGUCCUCUGGUCUUGAACAGUGUUGCUUAAUAAAUAACACCCCUGCAGACAAUUUUUGCCCCAGGAACAUAGCAUUGCACCAAAUGUUCUUGCUAUCAGUAAGUACUGUUGCUGCAUUCACCUCUUCCCGAAGUUAUCCUUUACAUGUUACCCUAUAAGCAUUAUGAUGGUAAAUAUUUCCACAAAUAUCCAUUGUGUCAGGGCUUUACUUUUGUCAGUGCUGCUUCAAUCCCUCCUAUCUAGGCCGGUGUGGUGUUGAAGUGUUGGAGCGAGCUGUGCUAUUUCCCUGGCACUGUAUGUUCCAUCAGAGCCACUGACGGGAGAACAAUGUUUGUUUUCACCCAUCUUCUCUAACAGCUCAGAUCGGAUUGUGAAAAAUGGGGUGGACCUGAUCUUUCCCUUUUUUCCACCACAGCACAAUUUUACCCCAGUAAAUUGGUCUGUUUUUGGCAACCUUUCUCUGCUUUACACCAGCAAACAACAACCCCCCCCUGGAGCUAGGCUCUCCAGUACAUUUUCUCUCUUUCCCUAUGUUGUGCUCUCAGCCACUAAUGUAUCUUCUCUUAGAAUGUUUCUGUAAUAUAGAAACAAAUACAUUUUACUCUGUGUGGUACCCAUGGGCGAUGGUAUAUUAUGUACUGUGUUUUGGUAUAGUACAUACAAUUAUAUCCUCAGCUACUUUAUCAUAAUACCUCUGUCCAGAACUUAAAGCCACCGUCUGUAAAAUGUUCAGUAAUAUACAAUUAAUAAAACAUACCCUGUAAUUUUGGGAAAAAAAUACAUAUAAAGUAAAUUCUCAAAAUGAGGACUACUGUCAUAACCAUUCAGAAACGAUUUUGAAGAAUCACCUUGUCCUCUCCCUUUUCAUACAAUGUUGUUCUGUUAGCAAGUGUAGCUUUGUGACAAAUAUCUUUCCAUAAUCAAGAGCAUCAUCACUUUCAACAAAUCUUUGCAAUGCAAUAAAAUGAUAAAUGUUUGCAUACAUGAUACCAAUAUUCUGUUGAAAUACUAAAGGUGGAGGUGGAGGCAUCUUUCAAAGCCUACAGCAGUUUUUCUUUUCACACAAAAUGCCUUGUUAUGGUAUACCUGCUGUUUCAAUCACUCACAUCCAUUUCUAAAGCCCAUUUUACAUCAGCAGUUGCUUAUACAGAAACCCAGCUUAAAACCCCAAAGAGCAAGCAAUGCAGAUGUAGAAGCACAGUGGCUAGGGAAAACACCCUACAAAGGAACCUAGUGAGAAACAUAGAGAGGGACCAGGCUCUGAGGGGUGGCCUGUCCUAUUAUGGCUAUGCCAUGUGGAGAUUAUAAGGGUGCAUGGCCUGUUCCAUGUUGUUCUCCCAUUUGGUCUUGUUCAGACACAGAUCAAGGGUUUCUCUUUAUCCAUGGCUCUGAUCUAUUCAUUAUAAGCUUCUGUGUUCCAAAUCACCUUGAAUAACAACCUUUUCCUUCUUAUCACACAUUUGAUUACAUGAGGCCCCAACCUCUUAUGACUUCAUUUUGUGCAUAUUAAAAAGUCAGUAAAUAAGGUAACGAUUCACUGUUUAUAGCUCCUCCUUUCAAUACAAUUGCUAUGGUCAUAAUUAAAUUGUAGUGCUCUGUACAAACAAACCUUUUAGUAGAUGCUCUUAUCCAGGGCAACUUACAGGAGCAAUUAGGCUUAAGUGCCUUGCUCAAGGGCUCUGGGAUUCAAACCAGCAAUCUUUUGGUUACUGGCCCAAUGCUCUUAACAACUAGGCUACCUGCUGCCCCGUCAUCUUUUGUACAGGUCAUCAAAAUAUAUGUUACUUCUUCUUAAGCCCAUUCUACAAAAUGAUAUAGUUUCACUUCAAGUUCUCUGCCGUUUAGAACAUAAUGUCUUACUGCAAACAUUAUUAAAAGGUCCAGUGUGGUCCUUUCAUUCAAAUGUUGUGGACUUUAUUGAAAUGUGUAAGAACAUUAUUACAGAAUGCAAUGAAAUAUAUGUGCUGAUGUACACAGCAGUGCCAACGAAUCAGGUCAGUGUACUACCUGUAAUGAUACAGCUUAAGCCACGGACACAUGUCACAGUAGGAUCCCUGGUUUUCCUGGAAUCCCUAGGGAUAUUCCUGGGAUAGAGUGAUUCCAAGAUUCCUUUAUUUGAUCCUGGGAGGUUGUUGUACAUGGAUAUUACUUGAGGGGAAAUUGCUGUCAUAGCUGAAGAAAGACUGAAGUCAAAACUAGCAUUUACAUCUUGGCGGGGAAACAUAGAAAUAUGAAUAAAUUCUGUUCAGCUCAGUGUCAGAAAACUGAUGCGUACAGUUGUUCCGCCUUUGGCGACUUGACUUCAAACAGCAAUAUCUCCUAAUACUUUUUAGUGAGCUCAACGUAUACAUUAUGUGGUAGCAAAUGCACCCCAUUUGAUAAAUCCAGGGUGUUUUUUUUAUAAUAAUUUCCAACAGAUCAGUAGCCAUGCUACCCAGGAGCCUUCUGUCACUGUUCCCAUAACUCACGAAUAACAAGAGAAAGCAGUGUAUAAAUGGAAAUUCUGGGUUGUUGGGAAGUUUUGCUGUCUUCCAAUUGUGAGUGUACAAAGGUGCAUGCAUCUGAACAACACCAAGUGUUAAGUGAGUAAUUGAAUCCUUUUAUAUUCCAGGAUCUAUAACUUGUUGUCCAGCAUCUGCAGUGGAACUUGACUGAAAAUGUUCUUGGUUUGUGACUAGAUGCUUACCAAUACUACCUUACUUACAUACAACAGGUUAAAUCUCACUUGUGCUAUAUUGUUCAGUGGAGAGAAUGUGUAGAGGUGUCGUUUUCGUGUUGUAUUUUCCGACAUUGUUCGUCAAACAGUACUGUAUGUAUAUUGUUGUAAAAUGACAUAUAUUUUUUUACAUGUAUCAUUUCAAAUGUUUUAUUGUAUAUAUUGUAUUUAAAAUCAAUUUAGAUUAAACAAAACGAAUGCCAAUAACCUUGGGGGAAGUACAUUGACUUUGCAAAAGUCUACCACUACUUUCAUUGAUAUCAUAAGUCUACCACUACUUUCAUUGAUAUCAAAAGUCUACCACUACAUUCAUUGAUAUCAAAAGGGGGAAAAACGCUGUGUGAGAAAUUGCACUGAACAAAAUGAUGAAUGACAUCAUCGUCUGCAGCAGUACAUUCAGUGGGGCAUGAAUAUGUUAUUCAAUGGUUAAAGGAGAGAGAAAGAGCUAUUGAGAACAAGUUAGCCUUGAGUCAAUACAGUAUGUGUUAUUAUAAUGUCUUUGCCUGAACAUGUUACAGUAUGUUUUGAUAUAGAAAUGUUUACCAAUAAAUGUAGAUCCUGCAAUUUGGCUACCCUCGUCACAGUGCAAAUAAAAAAAACUGGUGUGA